CAGCCGGAAGUGCCUUCCCGGCAAAGCGUUUCUGGGCAUUCUGGACCGUAACCCGCGCUUGCAAUGGCCGCGUCUUUGGUUGGGAAGAAGAUAGUGUUUGUGACGGGAAACGCAAAGAAGCUGGAGGAGGUCAUUCAGAUUCUAGGAGAUAAGUUUCCAUGCACUUUGGUGGCGCAGAAAAUUGACCUGCCUGAGUAUCAGGGAGAACCGGAUGAAAUUUCCAUACAGAAGUGUCAGGAGGCAGCUCGACAGGUGCAGGGCCCUGUUCUGGUGGAGGAUACCUGUUUGUGCUUUAAUGCACUUGGGGGACUGCCUGGCCCCUACAUAAAAUGGUUUCUGCAGAAGCUGAAGCCUGAAGGUCUCUACCAGCUCCUGGCCGGCUUUGAAGACAAAUCAGCCUAUGCACUCUGCACAUUCGCUCUCAGCACUGGGGACCCCAGCCAGCCAGUGCUCCUGUUCAGAGGCAAGACCCCGGGACAGAUUGUGAUGCCUCGAGGUAGCCGGGACUUCGGCUGGGAUCCCUGCUUUCAGCCUGAUGGAUAUGAGCAAACGUAUGCAGAGAUGCCGAAGGCUGAGAAGAACACCAUUUCCCAUCGCUUCCGGGCUCUGUUCAAGCUCCAAGAGUACUUUGGUGUGACUGAUGGGGCUGGGGACCACUAGGGCCAUGGGUGUGGGGGGCCUAGUGCAGGACACCCUGGGAGGCAGGCACUCCUCUGGGUUCCCCCUGCCGGGGAUCCGGGCAGCUUCAGCAGCCAGUUCUUGGAGGAGCGGCUGGCUCUACACCAGAGAACUCAGGGCCAGGUGACACUAAACUCCUGCCCUUUGAGAUUCAAGAGUUCCCUUUGACCAGGCAUGGUGGUGCACACUUUUAAUCCCAGAAUUCGGGAGGAAGAGGCGAACAGAUCUUUGUGAGUUCAAAGCCAGCCUGGUUUACAUAUUGAAUUUCUGGACAGCCAAAGCUAUAUAGUGAGACACUGUCUCAAAAACAAAAUAGAAAAACCAAAACAACAAACAGUUGUUGUUGCAGCCUCUGACUCUGGGAUUCUGAGAAAAUUUUGGGUGUUCACAUGUCUUACCUGGUUGAGGGUUUGGCAAAGCAACACACAACUUUUGAUUUUAGAGUGUAACAAAUGUAAAUUCUGGAAGACAUUUUUGUUUCCUAAAUAAAUGGUGUGUCUGUUUUG